AUGUUUCGUAUUGCUCUAGUGACUGGUGCUGCUCGAGGAAUGGGACGUGCCAUAGCUCUUCGUCUUGCACGAGAUGGACUUAAUGUAGCUGUUGAUGAUAUCAAUUUAAAUUCUACUGAACUUACUGAUACCCAAAAAGAAAUAGAAAAACUUGUUCGAAAAUCUUUUGUCAUUAUUGCUGAUGGUUCCAAUGAGAAAGCAGUCGAAAUAAUGAUGAAAAAUGUUGCAAAAGAAUUAGGAAUGGCUAAUGAUGGAGUUUGUCCAAUACAAUCUCUGAUUGAAAUAACUGCAGAUGAAUGGGAUAGGGUAUUGGCUGUGAAUCUACGUGGAGUUUUUCUUUGUUAUAAAGAAGCUGCAAAAGUAAUGAUUGUUCAAGGUAAAGGUGAUAAAAUUAUUGGUGCUUGUAGUAUGGUUGGCCACAUGACAAUGCCAUUGGUGAGUCAUUAUUGUGCCGGUAAAUGGGGUGUUCGUGGUCUUACAAAGGCUGUCGCGAUAGAACUCACUCAACACAAGAUCACAGUUAAUGCUUAUUGUCCUAGAUCUGUUGAAACUCAGCUGGCUGACUUAUGUAUUGAGCAAAUGGUAACAUAUGAAAAAGUGUCAAAAGAAGAAAUCUACAAAGGUUGUUCGCCAAAGAUUCCUCUUGGACGUAUAGUUAGACCUGAUGAAAUAGCAAAUUCUGUCUCUUUUCCUGCUAGUGAAGAAUCAGACUAUAUGACUGGACAAAGUGAUAUAAUCGAUGGAGGAUUUUCAUUGUCUUAA